CUGCCAUUUGUCAGUUUGCCAAAUCAAUUUUCCAGAGGAAACACAAGAAAAGUGCGCGGGAUUAUGUCACAUGUUUCUAAAAUUUAAACAAGACACCAAGCAUAUAUUUCUUUCCCGACAAGAGAGAGAAACAAAAGAGGGGAGAUGUACGGAGGUUCAGAUAACUAGUAAAGACUCAAAGGCGAGGUCGCAGAAAAAAGGUGAACGGAGCAGCGGUGUCCAGGCUGCUAGCUAUUGAGACCCUUGACAAAUGCGACGAUAUUGAGGUCGAGUUAUUACGUGUAUCUUUGCACGAAAUCAGACCUCCAGCGUUUAUCCGCGGCAUAUGCAUCGCGAUAUCCAUCAUCGAAUUUGCGACCUCGCUGAUCAUGAUCAUGAUUUCUAUUGACAUCCGUUUCUAUUGACAAACGUGACGGAGGCAAGUAGUCGCCUUACCUGCUUGAGCUAAUCAGGUUAUACUACAUCUACUGCAGCCUAGCAUAUUGCUUUUUCGUUGUACUUUAAGUCCUUUCUCUUCCUAAAAUCAUCUUUCUGUAUAUUUGUAAUGUUGCCUAUUCCUGUAGCGACCCCAGCUCCAUUCUUCCGCGGAUUUUCUAAUGUUAUUGGCAUUCUUAGGAUACCCUACGCAUUUUCCGGUAUCUGUGCCGGUAUCUCAGAGUUUUCUUCACGCCAACUUGUGUCACUGGAUUUCUGUUACUCGAUGUGUGCCGCUCUUGAAUGACGAAAAGAUCAUUUAACAUUUAUCGCAUGGGCAUAGGUAUGGGUAAGGUUACGUGAAUGAGUGAAGAAUUUGGCAGAGCGGAGUGUACUACAUUGCUUCAGUGGUCAUCGCAUUAACGUCGACAAGCAUGCCGAGAUGGUUCUUACCGGUUUUUUUUUUUUUUUUCUCAGCGACACUACAUACGUUCCUCCUUAUCUCGAUCGCUAACCAGUUAACGAUCAUGGUAAAACUGCAGCGCCCGCCCAAAUAACGAAAUAGGCGGGUAGUGUUUUACCAUGAUUAAAAACCAACUCGAGAGGCCUUCAGUUCCUUUGCAGCUUUGAACCGUAACGUUUCUGGAAAGGGAAUAUCCCCAGCAGUUGUGUCUCGGGUGACUACCUUGAAUCCCAUUACCAUUCGGCUGAGUCACCUCCCGAUUUUGCGUUCUGCCGCAGACACGUGACUCGUGCUUCGCACGUGGACGACGUAGGGUCAUCGCGAUCGGUACGUGAAGAGGGGCAGAGUAUAUGUAUAGGUACUCACAAAAUCGGUGUUAUCAGCUAAUUGCCAAAUGACUCGUUCUAAAUAUUCGCCCUUAGCCCUUUCGGUAUGUUGUCAGGUGCUCGCUUCAUUCUAUACAGGGUGGCCAAUCCCCCUCGUGGGUACGAGCCAUGUUUUGAGGCAACAAAAACAACAACAGAGUGAGGCGAGGAGGAGAAAGAAGAACUUUGCUUCGGCCUGUCCGCCCAUACCUAUGCCCACAUAAAUUUAAUUAGAUUGCUUUGGGUGCCUGGACAUAAAGGAUUAGUCAUGAACGAAAUGGCUGACAGUCUCGCGAGAGAGGCCCUCAGUGGCCCUGUAUUACCAUUACUUCCUACAAUAGCUUACCUGACGACUACAAGAUUCCGGAGAUAUACAAUUACUCAAGACUUUUUGAACCCAGCUGUAGCUAAUUUUUCAGAAUAUCGACACCUCCUAUUCCCUUGGCCCAAAAAUUCCUUUCACACCAGAAAAACUGAAGUCAUCUUUACCCGAUUACGUUGUCGAAUACCAAAAUUAAACUUCUAUCGUCACAGGGCUGGUCUGGUGCCCUCCCCUCUGUGCCCAGUCUGUGGAGAAGAUGAAACAAUAGAUCAUUUUUUUCAUAUUCUGCCGCCGUUUCACUUCUUUAAGAAAAAAUCUAGAAUCAAGAUUUACGCAGCUUGGUUUGAGCUUUUCAAUUAUAAAUAUCCUUUCUCUAGGAGCCUCCUCUCUUGGAAAGUGCCACAGGGAUAUUUGCUCAACCGUGGAGGAUUUUAUAAGUGCUACAAAGAGAUUGUCUUGAAUUCUUAAACAUUUUCUUUUGUUCAUUUUCUCCAGUUAGCUUUACCAAUUUCAGUCUUUUAAUGAAGAUAGCCUAAUUUCACCCAAUUCUUGGCCAAUCCCCCACAGUGGGUGUGCGCCAUCGCAUAAGGACUACCAUACCAUACCAUACCUGUCCGCCGCGGUCGAUUCGCUCGAUGUGUACUAUGGACAGGUCUCGGUGCCCAGACCCACGUAAGCGCCACAGAACAGCGUCCGCUUUCGAAAAUGCAGAGCUCGGUGACGACAAAGCUGCAGACGUAACGACGUACACGGCCAGAUCGAACAAGAUGAUGCCACGAGACACACAUUGUGUUUCCACGCCCGCUGCGACCGAUGCUGGGACGUUCGACGCCGUCAUGCAGACGGAGCACCCGGAAUCGCCGCCUCGCCAACCACCGUCUGCGCCUGUACGGGACGCGUCUGGUCCGAUCCAAAAAGAAGAACCGCAGAACGCCGCUCUCCAAGUCGCCGACCCUGCGCGUAACAGGCACCACUGGCACCACCAUCACCACCGAUACCUUUCGCCAGCCAAGUCCAGGCGCGGCCAUCAUCACGCCCUGUGUGGUAGCAGCAGGCAAACAUCAGCAGCGCCUGCAGCGCCACCGUACCCUUCGGCCUGUCAUGAUCGCCAGCAGUACCCAGUAGCGACACGGGGAAUGCCCCGGAUGACAAAGUUCGGCAGGCCACCCAUGCCCUGCGGACGUGUGCAGACUGCGGCUGGCGCCAUGCACCAACCACCCAGAGUGAUCGGUCCUCGUCUCUACAACUCAAGGAACAAAACCAAAAUAAGUACCAAGCUAACGGACUUCCUCCGAUGCGCCCGCCGUAAGACCAAUCUGGAGAUUAUCGAGACUGACUUUAAGAAAUGCAACAUAUCAAACGCAUUCGACGACACGGAGUACGACGUUGUUUGGGGUGCCGAGGACGACUGUGAAGCACCUGUAGAGGAUGAAUUCUUUGAAAGUUCCGAGGAGGAUCCACUGUCUAGCGAGAUUUAG